CUUUUUCCCAUCUAAUCUAGGGUUUCCAUUCCCACUGAAUUCUCCCUAUAAAAAAUUUCAACAUCAUUUAUGGAGUCCGACCCGAAGGUAUGCUUGUCAUUUUCUGCUACAGUUAAUUUACUUAUCCUCCAAUAAUUUUAUUUCAUUUUUCCCUCGCUUUUAUGGUUAUAACUUUUCAGUUUCCUUUCGAACGCAUUGAAUUGAACGCCCAUUGAGUUUAAUUCAACCCUGGAAGUAGUUUGAUUCCAGAAUUUAUUUCCGUUUGUUCGAUAAUCCCUUGUGCUGGAAUGAUUGUUGCUCGUUCUCGAUCUUGUUUCGGAUUAAUUCCAGGAGAAUCUCGUAAUCCUACGUUAGGAAACAAGUUAUUGUCGGAGUAGAUGGGUUUGAAAAGCGAGUGCUCAGCUGACGAGUCUGUGGAAGAUAAUGAAGAAAUUUCUAGUGACCCCUCUAAAUUUACAAUUUUUACUGAAAAAUCUGAGGUGCACAGAAUUGGGUAUUUUGUGGUGGAAAAUAAUGAUUAUGGUGAGUCGUUUCAUAAGGUGAAGCAAAAUCUAAUUGAUGUUACAGUGAACGCUAGUCCUCAUGGCGUGGACCCGACCAGUAAAGGUCGUGGCUUGAAGAAAGGGAGAAGGAUCAAGAGAGAACCCAAGAAGGGCAGGGGUAGUGAUGUAAUUACGCACAACUCAUCAAAUUCAGAGGUAAGCUCAAAUAAACGUCCGCAGAAUGGUGAACUGAAUCAGGGAAGACAGGGUUCUGUUUCCUCCACAAAUGGGGAUUCUGGUUUUGGGCCGGGCCCACCUCUAGCCACUGGGGUCGACUCGGCCAGUUGGGGACGGGUCAAAAUCGAGAAGGAGAACUCUCAUUCCAGCCUGGAAUCUGACUCGCGAAGCUCCAAUUUUUUGUUUGUGCAGGGAACUCACUCCUUGAAUAACAGGAUGCAGGAUGAGAAUGGAGAUGACAUGGCAGGAGGCGAAGAGGCAGAUGGCGGAGGAUGUGAAAGUGGUGUUGCUGACUCUUCUUCAGAGGUCAAAGGGGAAAGGAGCGAGAAUCAUGGGUCAUUCAGUGAUGGAGAUUCUCUAGAUAAGUCCUUGUUUGAACUUGAGUCUGCACAAGCAGCACUCGAGAAAGAGCUACAAAAGCUUAAGGAAAUGGGGGAAGAUAUUUCGGCCCAUGAUUUCAUCUCAGAUUCGAGCAUGGAAUUUGUGGACAAUGAACAGCAAACAAGCUCUAAGCAGUUACUGGGUGAGGGCGCACACAGUUUUUCCCAAUCCAUGCAAUCUGAGGUCUUACAAAGUACGAGCAGGGUUUUGGAAACAGAAAUUGAAGACCUAUUUAAGCAAAAAAUCGAAGCUGAGGUGGAAUAUAUAGCAAUUUCAAAAGCUGUCCAAAAGCUGAGGGUGGCCACUGUAGAUCAGGUUACAAUUUUGGAAGAACAAAAAGCUCUGGCUUCAGAGCAAACACAAAUGCUUGAUAAACUUGGGGCUGCUGAGAAUAAAGCUUCCAUGCUUAAGAAAGAAGCCGAGAAGUUGGAAUGUAUUUGCCAAGACAUAGCCCAUGCAAAUGAGGUAAUGAAGCUACAGAAAGGGGUUUGUAAGUACAGUUCGUAUUUCUUGGUGCAGUUAGUAUUGUUUCUAGUUAUGUUUGUAGCCUUGGUAUUUCAGUUAUCGCCUAGUUAUGUGGAAGUUGUUCCCACUUAGCUGUAGGAAUAGUUUCACACUUUCUCUUACUUUGAAUAUGUUUUAUUUGGUUUUUUCUUGAAUAUUUUUAGUGAUAGAUUUGUUUUAGUGCUCGUGGUAGCUUGUCUUGGAAGUGGUCUGUACAGAUCGAAUGUCCGAGUAUAGUUAAUUCGGGCAGCUCUUAUUUUGCAGUGUAUUGAAUUUUAUUUAUUUAUUUUUUUAAAACCUUCAUUCACAUUGAGUUAGGCUGGUGAUUUAAUGAACUGCUCAUAAUAUGGAAAAAGCAAGUGUUCCAGUCGAUAUGGAGACGGUAGGAAGUCUUGGAGACAUUUUUGCGACUUGGGUUCCUUUNUUAGUU